AUGGCUCAGUCCAAGCCCCUUCUCGUGGUCGCCAUUGAUAUGGGUACAACCUAUUCGGGCUACGCCUUCUCCUUCCAACACGAGUUUCUGGCUGAUAAACUGAAGAUCACAACCAACAAGGUUUGGCAAGAUGGAUACAACCAGCUGCACACGUCGUACAAAACCCCGACCUCUGUACUGAUAGACCCUGAGUGGCAGUUUCACAGUUUCGGGUAUGAAGCCGAGGCCAAGUAUUCUGAGUUGGCCAGGGCAUCUAAGCAGAAGCAGUGGCUCUUAUUUCGCCGAUUCAAGAUGACACUUUACACCAGAAAGAUAAGCGAAUCUAUGGAGUUAGAGUCGCUGUCCGGACAACGUUUUAAUGCUCUCAGUGUAUUCGCCAUGUCCAUACGGUACCUAAAGGAGCAUCUUAGCCAAAGUCUUCCGCAGCAGGUCGCUGAUUCAGAGAUCCAGUACGUGAUCACAGUACCUGCUAUAUGGGACGAGGAUGCCAAACAGUUCAUGAGGAAAGCUGCUGUACAGGCGGGAAUUUCUCCACAAAGACUCACACUCGCCUUGGAGCCGGAAGCUGCCUCCGUUCUCUUCCGAGUUCUCUCCAGCAGAAAUUCUUACGAGUUUAAUGGUGCUGACAUUUCAGAGCCCGGAUCUCGGUACAUCGUCGUGGACGCUGGAGGGGGUACAGUGGACACAACCGUCCAUGAAGUGAUGACAAGUGGAAAACUGAAAGAGCUGCACAAGGCUAGCGGGGGAGAUUGGGGUGGAACUCAAGUGGACGAUCAAUUCACCGAACUCUUGUUGGAAAUAUUUACUAUAAAGGUGAUGAAGGAGUUCGGCAAAACACACCAAUCUGACUGGCUGGAGCUUGAAAAAGAGUUUGAGAUAAAUAAACGUAAGGUGUCCGGUAACGACCUGCAGGUUUCCAGCUUCCGGUUACCGGCGUCUCUGCGGGAGGCGUUUAGCCUGUACAACACGUGUUCAUUAGAGCAACAUGUCUCCAAUUCACGAUUUGCGGGGCUCGUGAGGUUUAUAGGUGACAAGAUGAGAAUCAAUGGCAAAGUGAUGCAGGAUUUGAUGAAACCCACCAUCCAGAAGAUCGUUAGUCAUGUGGAAACACUCAUGGCGGAUCCCAAGUGCUCAGGGAUUUCCCACAUCUUACUGGUAGGCGGGUUUUCAGAUUCGCCAUUUCUUCAAGAAAUUUUUCGAAAGAACUUCCCGACUGUGAUGGUGGUGACCCCACUGGACGCCGUUUUGUCUGUGAUGAAGGGUGCGGUGAUAUUCGGCCAUCACCCUGGCGUCGUUUGUGUCCGUCUGGCAAAAUGUACAUAUGGGAUGAGAUACUGGCCAUUCUUCAAUGAUGCGGUACACGACAAAGACAAGAUGCAUAUUGUGGACGGCCAAAGGUAUUGUCGAGAUGUUUUCAAAACGUUUAUUGCUGAGGGCGAAGAAGUGCCGUGCUAUAAGGAAUCGAGUGAGGAGAUCUUUACACCAGUGUACUCUGACCAGAAGACAAUGUCUCUGCCAGUGUAUAUGUCUACAGAGAGAGCUCCGAAGUACAUCACAGACCACUCAUGUCGACAGCUGGGAAAGUUCACUGUCACUCUGCCGACUCUGAUCGGGAGGAGUGCUCGGGACGUAGGGGUCAGGUUUGUCUUUGGGGAAACAAGUUUGCGGGUAAAGGCAGAGGAGAAGGCCACUGGCAACAUUACCGAGGCUACGUUUGGCUUUCAGUGAAAGUGGACCACAUUUUGUGAGUUUAAAUUAAAACAGAAUUUAGGUAGGUGGCUAAAGAGAUACUCGGUUUUAAGUUAUUUUAUGGAUGACAAAAAGGAAAACAGAUAUAAUUAUUGCGCUGUGGAGAAGCUUGCAUAUCAGACACUUUAAUACAGCUACAUUUAAAUCAUACGCUCAAGCCAAACCUAGGUGAUUCUUCUUUGAUAUCGCAAACGUACAGGUGGCCUUCUUAUCUGAUAUUCAAACGUAUACCGUUUUUACAUGAUGUACAUCGAUCUUAUCUUCAAAACCUAGGCCGUUAUAAGGUCAUCAAUGACGUAGGCCGCUCUUGAU